AUGCUCGCUGCAACAGCACAGCCAUCACUGAGAAGAGCCACACCUGUUACAUCAGUGACUGUGUCCCGGCCGCAGGCUUACUCCGAGAUUUCUUCCUUAUUGUUGUUAUCUGGCGCCUUUCGUCAUCAGGCUGAAGGGUUGCGGCUUGCGGCUUGUUGGUGGACUUCUGACGCUCGGUUCGGCUGUGACACUCAGACUCCCGCGAACCGCGAACCUUCUGAAAGCUGCAUCUACCCCAGUUCUGAUGAGAUUCCCGCCUACAUGGCUGGGUUGCGACGGACCCAGGAUAUAGACCAGUGGAGACCCGAGGAACCGUCUGUCAGGGAUAGGGAAAGAAGUAGGGAGCGUCCGAGAGAGCGCACCCACGAACCAAGCACGUCGUCACCCGUGCCACGCGCUGCGAGGGACACCUCCAGGCGCACGCAGGACACCGAAGCCCGCCCGUCAGCUAGGCACGCAGGAGGACGUUCGCGCGAGAGAAGCUUGAGCCGGGAUCGUACGCGUCGACGAAGUCGGGGGGGUUCCAGGGACGAUCGUUAUCGACUCUCGAGGAGGGAACCCAGCGCAGACUGGGUCCCGCACUCACACCGGCACCACCACCGCGACCACCGCGACACGACCCCAUCUUCAAAGCGCCACCGCAGCCGCUCUGCAUCUCCGCGAGAUAGCCACAAACGCAUCAGACGGCAGAGAAGUCGAAGCCCCGUGCGCUCGAGAUCAAGGACGCGCCGCGCAACUUCCUCGCACCGUCCUAUUCAGAGGGCACUCUCCCCACGUCUGCCACGCCCUGAUCGCGGCCGCGCAUCUCGACGACCUACGCCAGACACGUAUAUUCCUCCGUCAGCGACUCGUCGCCGCUCGCCGUCUACCGACUCGUAUUACCGGUCGCUUUCACAUCGACCACGCAAGCGGUCCACUUCACCUGCUAGGAGCAUCAGACGUGACCUGAGCCCCCAAAGGUCGCCGCACAGGCGACACACUGACCGAGUCAGCAUUACAGCAGUAGGCUUGAGUGAUAGGUCGCACAAACGCUACGCCAGUCGCGAGAGAAGUCGUAGUCGCGCAUCCAGGCGUGCCAGAUCGCCCUCCCCACGCCGUAGGCGAUCCCCCCCGCUGUCAAGGAGACCAUCGCCUCCAAGAUCGCGAGCUGCCAGGCUUUCGUCACCAAGGAGCCGCUCCCCACGUGCAUCAAGCCGCCGGUCCCGGUCGCCUGUUCGAUCUUCCAGAGUCGAGAGUGAAAAGCCAUCUCGUCCAGAUCAGUCCACCUCCAGAAGGGACUCGCCUGCGCCUGCGCCUGCAUCUGGUCACGACUCUGAUACAUCAAACACUAAGGUAGACGACGCAAAGAUGCAAGGAGCCUACCAAUACCAGGGCCGAGCUGGAUCCAGUUACCAGCACUCCCCUCCGUACCCUGCACAUAAUCAAUACUCUCCACCCAAUCAGUCGCCAUACCAUGGCGGGAGAGGCGGUUGGAAUGGAAACCAACAUUCCAAUCAAGAGUCUCCCAUGCACAGCUACUCACCCAAUCAGUCACCGUACAACCACAACCAAAGCUACUCACCAGGUUACCCUGCAAGCCAAUCGUAUUCCCAACCUAGCUACCAGAGCAGCCCUUAUCGAGGAGGCCGCGGUUCCCAUUACAACGGCCCGGAUCGCCGCACAUCAGGGCCUGGCUCCAACGCUGCCUUCGCACCACAAGGAGGUCGAGGUCGCGGUGCAGCGCCCACGCAAUUCUCCAACUUGUCGUGGACACCAGCAUCUGGCACAAGGGGCGGUCGACCUGCGACAGAAGCACCUCGUCCAAAUCCGCCUACGAUACAGCCAUCAACCGAAUCUACAUCAGUCGAUGCUGACGAUAACCCCUUUCGACCUUCGAAAGACUUGCGUGUGGAGGAUGAGGGCCCGAAAGAUGACAAGAUGAUGCCACCGACAAAGUCUGUCGUUGCUACUUCCACACAGCCCAAGUCUGGCUUCAGCUUCUCGUUAAAGACCAAAAACCCAGUGCCUGUGGCUAGCAAAGCCAAGGUAGAAGAGCCUGAGAAGGUCGAGCCAAAAUCGAAAGAAUCUUUGCUCGAACCUAAGAAAGACAUUGCGUCUCGCAACUCCCGGUACCCUUCCGAUCCUCGAGGCGACCGUGAUCGCGACUACAAAUACGACCGCGAGCGGGAACGCGAGCGAGACCGUGAUUAUCGAGAGAGAGAUCGGAGGUUCGACUACCAUGAACGACAACCGCCGUACAGAGAUCCGCGCGAUAGAGAUCCUCGCGACCUACGAGACCCACGAGACGCUCGAGACCCCUACUACCGUGAAAGGGAAAGGGAUUACAGAGAUCCUCGUGAUAGGGACCUUCGGGAUCCUCGAGACAUCCGUGACCUGAGAGACCGAGAUCCGCGAGACCUACGUGAUCCUCGAGAUCUACGCGAUCCAAGAAGCUUGCGAGACCCACGAGACAUACGCGACGUACGCGAUGUGCGCGAUCGUAGGGAUGCAUACCCAUCACGACGACCAGACGAUCGCCGGUCAGAACCCCGCGUUGAGAGCCGCCUCGAUACUCGUCCAGACCGCAAAGUCCCACCGCCUGAUGUGCCAAAGACAGUUAUGAUCAAGCGGAAGAGAAUAAAAGCUCGUCCAACAUUGGCUCCAGACUUUGCAGCUUCCGACUCUGUCUAUUACCGAAAGCCUGGCAACGAGUCUGUAGUCGGCUCUGGUACGUAUGGUAAGGUCUUCAAGGGUGUUCAUGUCUACACGAAGGACAUGGUCGCACUUAAGAAGAUCCGCAUGGAGGGCGAACGUGAUGGCUUCCCUGUCACUGCUAUUCGCGAAGUCAAGCUUCUUCAAUCAUUGAACCACGAGAACAUUGUCAAGCUACGCGAAGUCAUGGUCGAGAAGAACGACUGUUACAUGGUUUUCGAAUACCUCUCGCACGACCUUACCGGUUUGCUGAACCAUCCCACCUUCAAGCUCGAGCAGUCACAUAAGAAGGAUUUGGCGAAACAACUGUUUGAAGGCCUGGACUACCUUCAUCGACGAGGCGUACUCCACCGCGACAUCAAGGCCGCCAAUAUCUUAGUUUCCAAUACUGGACAACUGAAGCUUGCCGAUUUCGGUCUCGCUAGAUUCUACGCAAAGAGGAGCAAGCUGGACUACACGAAUCGCGUCAUCACUAUUUGGUACCGUUCCCCAGAGCUACUUCUGGGUGAGACGCAGUACGGUCCCGCCGUUGACAUUUGGUCGGCUGCUUGUGUCCUUGUCGAAAUCUUCACGCGGCACGCCAUCUUCCCUGGUGACGGUGGGGAGAUCAAUCAACUGGACAAGAUCUACAACAUCCUCGGUACGCCGACGAAACAGGACUGGCCUGGUAUAGUCGAUAUGCAAUGGUCUGAGCUCCUUCGUCCCACGGAGCGCAAGCCCUCGACUUUUGAAGAGAAGUAUCGCGACCGUGUUAGCCCAAUGGCUUUUGAGCUUCUCCAAGCCAUGUUCUUGUACGACCCAUGUGCAAGACCUACAGCUGCCGACGUUCUCGAGCAUCCGUUCUUUACCAGCGAGGCGCCGCCGUCGAAGCGCGCCGAAGCGUUGAAAGAAUUGGAGGGCGAUUGGCAUGAGUUCGAGAGCAAGGCGCUCAGGAAAGAGAAGGAGCGGGUAGACAAAGAGGCCAGGAGGGCGGCGAGAGAGGAAGGGAAGAAGGAUGAAGGGAAGAGGAGGGCUGAUGCUACAGAUAGCGAAAGGGAAGCGAAGAGGGUCAAGAGUAGCGAGACUCACUGA